GGUUAUUGAUAGGGCAGUUGCCUCUCUCCUCGCCAAUGAUCUUCAUCCCUAUACGCUCCUUUCCGAAGAGCCCUAUCUUUCUUUCUUCACCGCAAGAAAGGAACACAAGAAAAAUAAUAGAAGCCAUAAUCAUACAGCAAUCUGAGCAAUCUGCCUGCAGAGAAAGACCACUACGGAAUACUUAUGGCAACCCGGAAAUGGACCCUGUGGUUGCAGCCAUGGCGGUUUCGGAUCUUCAAUUCCCUCUGGAAACACAGAUCUGAGCCUAUAAGUUUUUCAAAAUGUAAUAUUCAUACCCUUUUUUUUCUCUACUUUACAAGCCAUUGUGUUUUUUUAAUUAAAUACAAGAAGUGGAAAUGUAAAAACAGGCAGGAGCAACUAAAUCUAGAGGGUGUAUAUUUUUUGUUCAUUUCAGUUGAAAAUGUUUUGCAGUGGAGGGGGAUGAUUCUGUAUAUUUUCCUAAUUUUGAUGAAAUAUUAAUUUAUCUUCAAUUGAAAUGUUUUGGCUUGGUUUGAGGAAGGUUGCUGGUGACAGAGUUGCAUAAUUGUCUCAUACUCUCAUGGUAUGUGUCUGUUUUUUCUCUCUUUUUGUAACUAAUACAGCAGAAUUUUAGCUGUAACAAUGAAUCAUUCUGUUGUUAUUACUAUUGUUGCUGAUCCCUUGUUUUAUGACCUUCAUUUGUCUGUUUAGUCUUGUUUGGGAAGAACGUUUUCAAUUAAAGUUAGUGUUUUGAAUAAUUGUCUAAACCAUUGCUGAUUCCCAACGCUUUUAGGGUACUGGCAAGAAAUUAAGGUCUACAGAGUUUUACCCUUCAAAAACAAAGAGGUUGUUUCUUAGUUGGUGCAUUUACUGUCCAAAACUUCAUCGUAAGUAAAACGCAAGGGAUGUUAAAUGCAGCAUUACGAUUUAGUAAAAAUUUACGAUCCUUUUUUCGCCUUUAAUAUUCAUUGGGUGUUUUUCUUCUUAUUUUUGAAAUCCAUUGGGUGUUAUUAUAUCUUGUUUCCUAAUUUGCUUUAAUCAUUUGUACUAUAAAAUAGUUAAAUGAGUAUUUUAAUGAAUUUUUGAUAUAGUUUAAACAUGUAAUUUUUUUUAAAAAAAUGUGCAUCAAUUUUUAAUUGAAUUGCAAAUAACUAUAGUUAAUCAUUGUAAAUUUAAAACUGGAUUUUGUUUAGGGAUAGAGGAAGUAUUUUCCCAAGUAGCUUGAAGAGUCAACUAUACCUUGUAGGAUCUCAAUCGCUACCAACUCUUCUAAAACUAAUUAGUGUUAGAAGACGGGCAUACCCUAGUCUUAAUGUGCAUUCAGCACACAAGCACCCACAACAUUCAAUUGUGACUUGGCCCACAUAGCUCUGCUACGGGACAAUUGAUGCACACAUGACCAACAUACCUUAGCAACUAACAAUAAUAUUGUUCUUGGUGGUUGCUGCCUCUUUUUGUUCUAACCAGUGAUUUUCCCAAGAGCUAGGAUGAAUGAGGAUUUCAAUUCUUAUAUCUUCAAUCUUAAAGGGUUUGUAAAUGAGGAGCUCAACGACCCUUCAAUUUUCCCCAAAUGUAAAAUGUUGGUUGGAUCCCAUAUUCUAACUGGCCCAAUAUAUUUCAAGAGGGUUGUUAUAAAGAAAUCAUUGUCAAGUAGAAGAGUGGAAGAAAUCCUCAAAAAAAAAAAAAUCACAUUCUCACGAAGAGUUUGAAGGUUCCAUAUGAGACAGAGGGAAUAUAUUUUGGGGUUCGAGGUUUGAAGGUUCCAUAUGUUUGAUGAUCUUUGUGCCCUUCUAAUGCUUGUUAUUUGGGACAAUUGCGACUUUUUACUAUUGUGACUUUGUAGAGGCUGUGAUGAUACCAGGCUACUAAUUUCGCGGGGCAUGUGAGGAGCCAAUCCGUAUCUUGGCGGGGCAAUCCCAAAUGAUCUAGUUGUUGCAGCCACGGCGGCAUGGGCUUCUCAUUAGUUUGUUUAGUCAAUCAGUCUCUUUUGUGAUAUUUAGUGCUUUUAAUCUACUUUUGAACCAUGUUAUUAAUGUUUCAAAAUAGUCUUAGGGUCCGUUUGAAACACAAGAAAACUUGAAGAAGGGAAAUAGCAGAAGCAAUAAGCAUGCAACCAGCGCUCUGGGAAAUACUACUACAGAGUAACUCGUAUUAUAUACUGUACCUUAAACAAAACCCAAUUGUUAGAUCUACGUUGAUGAUGAAGAGGAGGCUGUGAUGAUACUCUUUCUGUGUUUUCCUCUUUCUGGGCUACUAAAAUUGAGGGAUUUUGUUUGAUCCGAUCCGUAUCUUGGCGGGGCAACCCGGAAAUGGACCCGGUUCUUGCAGCCAUGACGGUUUGGGCUCUUCGAUUCCCUCUGGAAACACAGAUCUGAGCCUCUAGGAAGAUUAUUCGCUCCCCUUUGUUCUUUCAUAGUUCCUAUUACACAUUGGGUCUUAAACCCUAAGCUCAAUCUGUUUGAUUCUGUCAAUUUUCUACACAGCCGUGUGUCAUACUGUCAUCAUGUCUGUUUUAUUUGAUUUUUUUGUUUUCUCCCUCUCAGUUAAAUAAAAAAAAUCCCAUUUU